AGUCUAAGAAAUAUACUGCCCCUUCUGUAUUAGCCAUUAUUAACAUUUUAUGCAGUUAAUUGCCUCGAAGAGUCAUUUAAUUAGUAAGUACCUGCUUCUUCAGCAACAUCAUUAAGGUCAAGAAACACACCAGACAGACAUGGGUUCAUAGUUUGCAGCAAUAUCCCAAGGAGAGCAUUAUUCAGAGAAGAGGUCAAGCGGGCCAUGACUAAUUAAUUUAUUUGCUGCUCCAGAUUUUGUUUGCUAGACAAUGACAUGAAGAUAACAAGGAAUUUUGAACGUCUGUCUGCUACCUGAUCGUUUAAAACUGGGUUAUGUAGCAAACAGUUACUCAGACCGCCCAAGUCACUCUGCCAAACAAUGAUUAGUAAGGGAUACUGUAAUGUUGUAAACUGACCAAGUCAAAGAGGUGACCCUAAUCUCAGAGAAACUGUGAAAGCAAACAACACAUUUCAGAAAACCCACCAACAUGAACAAUGAGUUCAUGCUGUUCUGUUGGAAGGAAUGUGCUACAUUCCUCCAAACUAAUAUGGAGGAAUUAUCAGUACAGUGUGCUGUCCUGUUUUCAGAUCAUUGCAUUAAAAUGCAUAAAUGUGUCAAUUUCAAAAUGAAUCAUCGACAUCAAUCAGCAUUUUUAUAAAUAUCUGUUAAAGACAGAUAUAAAAAUGUGUAAACAGAGAUUUUGAUGGGAUUAAAACAAACACUCUUGAUCUGUCUUCUAUUUAUGCUGGAUUAAACCUAAUCUGAAGCUCUUUGUUUCUUGUGUCUAAUGAACGUGCUUGGUAAGCUCACGUAGGUAUGUUUUGGCACACGUUGAGCUCUUGUGAGGAGAAAAGCAGGCAUUUCUUUCUCUUUUUUUUUGACUGAGAGCAAAGUCCUGUUUGUUGAUCUCCACUAUAUAAAGCCAGAUCUUAUCUCGAUCAACAGCAGCAGCAGCAGCAGCAGCCUCAAGCAGAAAGAUGCUGAACAUCAGCGAGCUCUCUCUGAGGUCCCCUCAUUUCAGGGCGUCCGACCGUCUCCUGCAGCCCUUCUGGGACCAUCUCCUUCUUCACCACCUGUCUCUCGUCUCGUCUCCUUUUUUGCCCGUCAUCCUUGCCUUCUCCAGCUACUUUUGCUUUAGUUUGCCUUUUGCUGUGUUGGACCUCUUGGGGGAAAGGGUCCCUUUGUUCCACAAGUAUAAGAUCCAGCAAAACAGGAGGCCAACGCUAGGAAUGAUGGCCAAGAGCUUCAUGACAUCUCUCUAUAACCACAUUUUUUUUGUUUUGCCGGCUGUCAUAAUUGGCAUGUUCAUACUGCCAACACCAACCCUGCCGCGAGACGCUCCUACGUUAUAUCAGUUGUUCACCGAAGGACUGGCUAUACUGCUCCUCUUUGACACCCAGUACUUCAUCUGGCACUUUGUGCACCACAAGAACCUGCAGCUGUACCGCUGGGUGCAUGCAGUUCACCACGAAUACAUGGCUCCAUUCUCCUGGUCCACGGAGCAGCUCAGCAUUCCAGAACUGAUGACCGUGGGCUUCUGGAGCAACCUGGACCCGAUUCUUUUGAGGUGCCAUCCACUGAGCACAUGGUGCAUAACAGUUCUGAGCAUUUGGAUGUCCGUGGAGGACCACAUAGGCUACGACCUGCCCUGGACCCUGAGCCACCUGGUGCCCUUCGGUCUGCUGGGGGGCGCCCCGGCCCACGACUUGCACCACCAGAAGCCGAGCAGCAACUACGCUCCCUUCUUCAGCCACUGGGACCGGAUCUUCGGCACCGCCAUGUCUCUGAAGAAGAAAAACGUUGAUUAACACAAAACAAUAAUCAACACAAUUCUGUAAAUACUGCCUCUUUUAUAAAUAUGUUGUCCUGUUAAAUCUCUUUAUUUUGCUACUGUACUUCUUGCUUUAUUAGCAUCUUUGAAAAUGCAUUAAACUUGUAAAAAUAUUUAAAUGUGUUUCACCUUUUGUUCAAUAAACAUCUAUUUAUAAAGCA